ACCAAUUUCGUUCCUCCUUCCUCCAUCCAUUUGCCUUCUCUUUGAUCUUAUCAUCGACUUAGUUUCACGGUUGUGCAGAUCUCGAGUCCGUGAUUUGGAUUCUUCAGUCUCUGUUCCUUCGUUUUUCAGAUGUUUUAGGGAUUUUCCCCCCAGUUUUGCUUGAAUCUUUCUCCAAAGGUUUCCUCUUUCCUUUUGACUUUUUGUUGGUACAUUGAUUCGGAGGUGCAAGAGUAAUGUUCUGUCGUAAAUUUUGCUACUUUUUCUUCGAUUUUGUCUGUAUAGAUCAUAGUUCAAAAUCCCAAGUUUCUACCUUUUUCCAACGUUUUGAUUCUGGGUUUGUUGGGUUUGAUUGACUUUCCUAUUCGAAAUGUAAAUUUAGGGCUUUUGAAUCUGAAAUCGAUCUUCAGACUUUGAAAUCUUGAUCUCCAUGGAUCAAAAACAGAGCUUUUGAGUGAUAACUUCUGCAGAAAAAAAAUGGCUACUUUAACUGAGCCUUCAUCAUCUUUAAGUUUCACUUCUUCUCAUUUCUCUAAUGUCUCUAUUGGGUCUGAUCAUUUCUCACCAAGCUCAGCUUCUAAUCUCGAAGUUGUUAGUCUUACCAAGCUCAGCACCAAUCUUGAGCAGCUUCUCAGUAAUCCAGACUGCGAUUACACAGAUGCAGAGAUCAUUGUCGAUGGUGUUCCAGUUGGUGUUCAUAGAUGCAUUCUAGCUGCAAGAAGCAAGUUUUUCCUGGAAUUGUUCAAGAAAGAAAAGAAAAGUUCGAAACUUGAGAAACCAAAGUACCAUUUGAAAGAGUUGUUUCCUUAUGGAGCUGUUGGGCAUGAAGCUUUCUUGUAUUUCUUGAGUUAUAUCUACACUGGGAGGCUAAAGCCAUUUCCUUUGGAGGUUUCGACUUGUGUUGAUUCGGUUUGUGCUCAUGACUCUUGUCGACCUGCCAUUGAUUUCGUUGUUGAGUUGUUGUAUGCUUCAUCUGUUCUCCAGAUACCAGAGCUAGUUUCAUCUUUUCAGCGGCGGCUUUGUAACUUUGUGGAGAAGUCUCUGGUUGAGAAUGUUCUUCCGAUUCUUUUGGUUGCUUUCAACUGUAAGUUGACUCAGCUUCUUGAUCAAUGUAUCGAGAGAGUGGCGAGGUCAGAUCUCUACAGGUUCUGUAUCGAGAAGGAGGUUCCUUUAGAAGUAGCAGAGAGAAUCAAACAGAUUCGUCUAAAGUCUCCACGAGACGAAGACAACACUCUCAAGGUCUCGGAUAAAAUGGUCGAGAGAAUCGGGAAAAUCCUCAAGGCGUUGGAUUCAGAUGACAUUGAGCUUGUGAAGCUUCUUUUGACUGAGUCAGAUAUCACUCUAGACCAAGCUAAUGGUCUGCAUUACUCCGUGGUGUAUAGUGAUCCAAAAGUUGUUGCAGAGAUUCUAACUCUCGAUAUGGGUGAUGUGAACUACAGAAAUUCCCGAGGUUACACGGUUCUUCAUCUUGCUGCGAUGCGUAGAGAGCCUUCGAUCAUCAUUUCGCUUCUCAAGAAAGGUGCAAAUGCGUCUGAUUUCACGUGUGAUGGACGCAGUGCGGUUAAUAUAUGUAGAAGAUUGACAACUCCAAAGGAUUAUCAUACGAAAGCAGCAAAAGGGCGGGAAGCUAGUAAAGCUCGGUUAUGCAUAGAUCUCUUGGAAAGAGAAAUCAGGAGGAACCCUAUGGUUGCGGAUACACCAAUGUGUUCCCUUUCCAUGCCUGAAGAUCUUCAAAUGAGACUGUUAUACCUAGAAAAGAGAGUGGGGCUUGCUCAGUUGUUUUUUCCAACAGAAGCUAAAGUGGCUAUGGACAUUGCUAAUGUAGAAGGAACAAGCGAGUUCACGGGUCUUCCUCCACCUUCAAAUGGGUUAAGUGGAAACUUAAGUCAGGUUGAUUUAAACGAAACUCCUCAUAUGCAAACCAAAAGACUUCUUACUCGUAUGGAGGCUCUAAUGAAAACAGUUGAGACCGGUCGACGAUAUUUUCCAUAUGGCUCAGAGGUUCUAGAUAAGUACAUGGAGGAGUACAUAGACGAAGACCUUCUCGAUGAUGUACAUAUUGCGAAGGGAUCUCCACAGGAGAGAAGAUUGAAGAGAAUGAGAUAUAGAGAGCUUAAGGAUGAUGUCCAAAAGGCGUAUAGCAAAGACAAAGAAUCUAAGAUUGCGCGAUCUUGUCUCUCUGCUUCAUCCUCUCCUUCUUCUUCUUCCUAUUCUUCAAGAGAUGGCCUGAAGAAUUCUACAUGAAACUGUACUAUGAAGUUAAAAUGUGAUUAGAGAUCUUUGUUGAAAAGUUUUUCUUUUUUUGGGUGUUAUGUAGAUUUCAUACUUUAGGUUCAGUUGUAAUAAAAAGAGGGGUGGAUAGUUUAGUUGUAA